UGGCGGGUCAUCCCCGAACAAUAUAAAAGGCCAUAUCUUUACGAGACAGUCACUGCUUCGGGGAGAUCCAUCCAAGAACACAAUGAAGGUUUUCUGUCUGCUGGCCGUUGUUGGAAUCGCUUGUGCUGCUCCGGAAAGAGCAAAGAGACAGCUGGUUCCAUCAAACGAACAUUGCAACUUCCAAGCACCUAACCCUUGCAGUACCAGCAAGACGAAUACCCAGGUGUUCUUCCCUCACCCCAAUGACAACACCAAGUUUAUUCAGUGCAAUGCCGUUGGGGAAAUGUAUAUCAUUCAGUGUCCACAUGGAAAGCUGUAUAACAAAGCCACCGUGUCAUGUGUAUCUCAGAACUACAUUCCCGGUGGCCAAGGUAGUGGACAAAUUGGAGGGUCCGUCUCUCUGACCUCUAACCCAUGCACGCCAGAAAACCUCGCCAAAGGUAUCAUCUACUUCGCAGUCACCGGAGAAAAGAACAAGUUCAUUGAGUGUGACCUCAAUGGUAACGCCAAUGUGCUGACCUGUCCCUCCUUAUUAGCCUGGGACGAAAGCCGUCUGUCUUGUGUCUACUCUUUCCAGGCGGGACAACCGACCCCUACCCCCAAUACUGCAAGCCUGGGAGGAUCUGGAGUGACCACCAACCCUUGCAAAAACUCAGUCGUUACUACUGGAAACACCCAAUUCCACUCUCAUCCCGACCCAGCCAAGUUUAUCCAAUGCGACAUAGCCGGAAAUGCCUACGUCUUGGCAUGUCCCUCUGGCCUAGUCUGGAACGAGUUCAGUACCACAUGUGUCUCCCCCUUUACUCAAGCUGUGGGCGCUCCCCAUUAAAAUGUCUCUACUUCUUUUUCUCGGUUGUUUUAUGAAUCUCUAAAAUGGACUUAUUCAAUCUCUAACCUAUCUGUGUUAUCUCUUGACCAUUAAAAUGCUUUAUUUCCUUUUGAA